UUGUCGGCGAAAGACGUUAUUAAUCAUGUUCAUUUAAACACGGUAAUUACUAAUUAGUCGCAAAUGGCAAUCAAUAUGGUUUAUUAGUUUUUAAUAUUUUAUUCUUUUAUUCCUUUGUUCUUACUUACCCUAUUGUUUGCUCUUGCAUUUCCAUUAUAUUUUUGCAUGAACUAAAAUAAAAGAGCUGUCAUUUCUCACUUACAAACUUUUAAAUUAUUUUCUUUGUCUUAUAAAAAUAAAUGUCAAUAGUUCUUGUGUCAUUUAUAUAUAAUUAAUGCUUAUUAUUCACUAGCUUACAGAAAAGUUGCCUCCCCCCCCCCCCCUCUGUUUUUCUGGUGCUUCUUCUCCUCCUCCUCCUCCUCUUCUUUCUGGUGCACUUCGUUCAAUCUGUUGCUGUUUCUGCAUUCUUUGUCUCUUGCCGAGGCUGUUUCUCCAUGAAGAUGCCAGUGGCAUUGCUCUUGCUGCUGGCACUAAGAUAUGCUAUUGGAAUUAAUGGAGAAAUAAGCAGUGGACAGUGCGAUUAUAAGCCUAGUUUAAACCCAAGACCACACAGUGUAUCCAUUCUUGAGUUUGGUGCCGUUGGAGAUGGGAAAACAUUGAAUACCAUUGCCUUCCAGAAUGCUAUUUUCUAUCUCAAGUCCUUCGCUGACAAGGGAGGUGCUCAGCUUUACGUGCCACCAGGAAAAUGGCUUACUGGAAGUUUCAACCUUACCAGCCAUCUCACACUCUUCCUGGAAAAAGGAGCUGUCAUUCUUGGAUCCCAGAAUCCAUCUCAUUGGGACGUUCUAGAUCCCUUGCCCUCAUAUGGUCGUGGGAUUGAACUUCCUGGAAAAAGAUAUCGGAGUCUAAUAAAUGGAUAUAAGCUGCGUGAUGUGGUGAUUACAGGUGAUAAUGGAACCAUUGAUGGCCAAGGCUCAGUUUGGUGGGAUUGGUUUAAUUCCCAUUCAUUGAACUACAGCCGGCCUCAUCUAGUGGAAUUUAUAGAAUCUGAACGUUUGGUAGUUUCAAAUCUUACCUUCUUGAAUGCUCCUGCAUAUAACAUUCAUCCAGUAUAUUGCAGUGAUGUGCUUGUUCAAAAUAUGUCACUUUCUGCUCCUCUGCAAUCCCCUUACACCAUCGGCAUAGUCCCAGAUUCUUCCAAUAAUGUAUGCAUAGAGGAAAGUAUUAUUGAAAUGGGUUACGAUGCUAUUGCCCUCAAGAGUGGCUGGGAUGAAUAUGGUAUUUCCUAUGACAGAGCUACUAGAAAUGUCCACAUAAGAAGGGUCCACCUUCAAUCAUCUGCAGGCUCUUCCAUUGCUUUUGGUAGUGAGAUGUCUGGUGGUAUUUCUGAUGUGCAUGUGCAGAAGGUCCACAUAUACAACUCAUUUAGUGGGAUUGAAUUUAGAACAACCAAGGGCAGAGGUGGUUAUAUUAAAGGAAUAUAUGUAUCAGACGUUGAAAUGGAAAAUGUCAACAUAGCAUUUGGUGCCAUUGAUGAUCAUGGGUUACAUCCGGACAGCAAUUUUGAUCCUAAUGCUCUUCCAAUUCUUGAUCAAAUCACCUUGCAGAAUAUAACUGGUACAAACAUCACUAUAGCAGGAAAUUUCACUGGAAUUCAAGAAUCUCCCUUCACCUCCAUUUGUCUCUUUAAUGUCUCCUUACUGGCUUCAGCAUCCUCAAAUUCUUGGAUAUGUUCAAGUGUUAUUGGCUCCUCAGAGUCUGUUUUCCCGGAACCAUGCCCUGAGCUGAUGAGCCUGUAUUCGAAUUCCUCAAAUUGCUACACCCCCCUGAUUUCGUACGGUGAAUCUGCAAGCUUAUGAUUCAAUUCCUUCACACUACAAUCACAUGGGGUAAAAUAUGGAUUCUUCAAAAGUUUAUGUCUCUAAAGUGGGUAAGAUUCUUUCCAAUAAGUUGGUUGGCUCCUUGGGUUUGCAUUCUCCCAUGUUGAAAUCUGCAAGAUAAUUAUUUGUACAGCUUCAUUUCUUCAUUCAUGUGUAAGAAAAUUUUUGGUAGUGAUUUGCAAAAAAAAAACCACAAGUACUCAGAUGAGACUAGCAUUACUAUUUAUAGUUUAUUCCUUUCAUGUUUAUAAUAAAGUUUGCUGCUGUACAGUUCCAUUGUCAGAAGAUUUAUUGUUUUUCA